CCUGAGAGGCGGGGAAGGGACAGCCCCGAGCACACGGAAGCCAGUUGUCCUGGAUGUUGUGACGGGGAGAAGCCGGACGAGGAAGAGUCUGACAGAAGCCUGGUUCACGGAGACGUCUCCCCCCUUCACAGCCAUGCCGCUGUUCAGCUCCAACCCCUUCGACCAGGAUGUCGAGAAAGCAACCAAUGAAUACAACACGGCUGAAGACUGGGGCCUCAUCAUGGACAUCUGCGACAAAAUCGCGAACACCCCCAAUGGGACCAAGGACGGCCUGAAGGCGAUAAUGAAAAGGGUUAAUCACAAGGUCCCCCACGUCGCCCUGCACGCUCUCACCCUAUUAGGGGCCUGCGUGUCAAACUGCGGGAAGGCUUUUCAUCUAGAAAUAUGUUCCAGAGAUUUUGCCAGCGAGGUGCGCGGAGUUAUAAAUAAGGCACAUCCAAAAGUAUCGGAGAAACUGAAAGCGAUGAUGGUGGAAUGGUCCGAUGAAUUUCAGAAAGAUCCCCAGUUCAGCUUAAUAUCGGCCACCAUCAAGUCCCUGAAAGAAGAAGGAGUGACAUUUCCUACUUCCGGCUCUCAGAGCGCCACAAAUACUCCGAAGAACGGGACAGUAACCACCAAGAACAAAGAGGACGAAGAUAUCGCUAAAGCAAUUGAGUUAUCUCUGCAAGAGCAAAAGACGCAACCAUCAGAGAUCAAAUCCUUAUACCCGACGGUGGAGGCACAACAUGACAGUCAGAAGAUGGGGAGGAAAGUCCGAGCUCUUUACGACUUUGAAGCUGUGGAGGACAACGAGUUGACUUUCAAAAGUGGAGAAAUCAUCAUUGUGCUGGAUGAUAGUGACACAAACUGGUGGAAGGGGGAAAAUCACAGAGGUGUUGGAUUGUUCCCAUCUAAUUUUGUCUCUUCAACCUUAAAUGUGGAGCCUGAGGCAGUUGCUGAUUGUAGCUCUCCCGCUUCAGAAGAGGUCCUCGAAGCAGCAGCAGCAGCAAAAUGUGAACCGGAGCCAGUGUUCAUAGAUGAAGAAAAAAUGAACCAGGCAUUACAUUUACUUCAGAGCAUCGAUCCAACAGACCCCAAGCCAGAUUCAGUCAAUCUCCUUGAUCUGGAAGAUGUCUGUCAACAAAUGGGCCCAAUGAUUGAUGAGAAGUUAGAGGAGAUUGACAGGAAACAUUCGGAGCUGUCGGAACUGAAUGUGAAGGUGCUGGAAGCUUUGGAGCUCUACAACAAACUCGUGAAUGAAGCUCCGAUGUAUUCUAUGUACAGCAAGCCUCCUCAACAGACGCAGUACCCCCCGACGUCACUUGGGGUCACCAUGCAGGGUUAUCCUGGACAACCUCAGGGUGGUAGCUAUAUGGUGCACGGUAUACCCCAGGUGCAUCCUUCAGCACUUUCUCAAGCAUACAGCAUGAACCCAGAUCAGAUAGGCCCCCUGAGAUCUCUACCACCAAACAUCAACUCAACAGUAACCACCCAGGCGGCUCAAACGACGUAUUUGAGCACUGGACACGAUGCGGGUUCAAAUCCUCCAUAUUCAAAUUAUGGCCAGCCAAUGGGAAUGUCCGCCGAUAUGUCAGCCUAUCAGAACACUACAUCUUCAUUGCCUCCCGGACCCGGCUACACAGUGGCUGCCCCCUUACACGCUCUCCCUCAACAAGCCCAAAAUUACUACCAGCAGCCCCUGCUCUGAGACUGUGCCCCUUAAAGGCCUCUGUACAUCUUUACGUGUAUCAGUCACAAGCCUCUUAAAGGAAAACUCUACUUUCAAACAGCAUUUUACAACAUUCCAGUUUAGUUCUACUCAGAAAGUGAAGUGACUUUGCAGAUUCAUUGCUUUCUCCACUGAUUAUUUGACGUUGCGGUCUUCUUGUCACCACAGAGCAGCGGUGACAUGACCGUCGGCCGCGUGCUCUCUGUUUUUAAUGGCAUCCAUCAUAGAGCAAAGCCGUGACGUCACUUGGAAUCAGUGCGAAAUAAAUAAAGCAAAGUAUUUGCAAAGUUAGUCAACCCCAUUGGUAGAUUUAAGCCGAGAUGUGCUGUUUAAAGGGGAAGCGUCCCGUCAGUCCCAGCUCCUCAGUGGUUUUAUACAUCAUAGAUCAGAGUAUUGUUUUGUAGAUCCAAUCAUGAUCAGGUCUGAGAUUCCAACAGUCCGUACCGCGUCCUCUCCUGCCAGACAGCGGCGCGGCAGCGAUCAGUUCGACAUUACACCGCCUUCUACUGAGCGGCUCCAGGUUACGUAGCCAUUAACAGCAGAAUUUCGCCAACUGGUUGAAUUAAGACGAUGUAUAAACGGCCAGGCUUUUAGGCAGCGCAUUAUAAAGACGUAAAAGGUAACCAGUUCUAAUUCUUCUGCCGUCAUUUUCCCUGUGUCUUAAAAACAAUGGUAACACAUUUCCUGGGAAGUCACAUUUCUCGCUUGCUGCAUUUUUAAAGUGUAGAUGCUCUGACUAGUGGGGGACAGACUCCCAAAAUGCUGAUUUAGAGGGCUUCAGCCUACCUACCUCUCUAAACGCUGAGCCUGAGGGGGGUUGUCAUGAAACGCUUCUCUAUUGCUCUGGAAACUGGAAACUUCCCCGGUAAUUACAAGUUAUCCCCUAUCCACAGGAUCUGGCAGGUCCCAUAGUGAUGAAUGGUAUGGCAGUGCACAUGCGCGUUUUGCCGUUCCGUUCAUUUUGGAUGGCCCUGCGGGGUACGGGUGCCCAUGAUUAUGGGAGUCACAGCACUGAUCCACUACCCUGUGGAUAGGGGAUCACUUGACAUUCCCGGAAUACCCCUUUAAGUAGCUGCAGUUUUGCCCGUAGGUUCUCUGCCUUUUUUUGGCACGGUCAAAUUGUGAUGGUUGGAAAGCUGGAAUCGCACAUGCGGCGUAUACUGCAGUUUUCCAUCAUUUUUUAUUUCUUUUUUCCCG